GAAAUGCGAUGGCAACUGCGGGAGUGUCAAUGAGGAAGCUGUAUGCGCCAUGUGCAGCAAUGGUGUUGGUGUAUAUUGCGUAUGGCGGAUCCCACAUUCUGGUGAAGAUCGCUAGCGACAAGGGUCUUAACCCUUUGGUCUUCAUCGUUUAUCGCCAUUUCAUAGCCUUCCUCGUCUUGGCUCCUUUUGCUUAUCUCAUAGAUAGAAACAAACGGACUUCUCUCACGCUUUCGAUGACGAUAAACAUCUUUUUGCUCGCAAUCUUAGGCUCAACGAUUCACCUGAAUCUAUUCUACGCUGGAAUCAGUUAUACUUCGCCUAUAGUAACUACCACUUUCAGCAACAUCAUUCCGAGCUUGACAUUUGUCAUGGCCGUUCUGUUUCGAUUGGAGAGAGUGAAUAUCAAAACUGCGAGAGGUGGUGCUAAAGUGUUGGGGACGAUUGUGUGCAUUGGUGGUUCCUUUGUUUUCACGUUUUGGAAAGGACCAUAUGUAACCAAAGGCAUGUUCAAGGAGCCACUCAUAGACGUGUACAAGAAUCAAGGCUCGGGACAUAGCAGUGGCGAGGAUUGGAUAAAGGGCUCGGGUUUAAUUCUUGUAAGUGAGGUUGCUUGGAGUGCAUGGCUAAUUUUACUGGCAUUAGUCACUAGAAAAUACCCAGCACAAUUGACCAUCACUGUUUUAAUGUGCUUGUUUGCAACUGCACAAUCUGGCUUCCUUGCCUUGAUCUUUGCUAGAGAUUUAGAAAAAUGGAAGCUGCAAUGGGAUGCACGCCUCUUAACCAUCGUAUAUUGUGGCGUUGUGAUUUCGGGCGUCGGGUAUUUCCUACAAACUUGGUGCAUCAGCCGCAACGGGCCUGUUUUUACUUCAAUGUUUAAUCCCCUAAUGCUGAUAUUUGUGGCCAUAUUCUCAGCAUUUGUGUUCUCAGAGCGGCUUCAUGUGGGCAGCCUGGUAGGAGCUUUCCUUAUCAUACUGGGUCUGUAUUUGGUGCUGUGGGGUAAGAAGGCAGAUCAUGAGGUCGCAGCUGAACCGUAG